GAGAGAGGACGAAAGGAACGGCGGGGGAAGGCGUGACUGGCUGCGGCGAGCUGUCGUGGCGGGGAGCCGAGCCAGCCACGGUACGCGGCUGCGGUGUUGGCGCUGCGCUUGCCCGACGGAGGAAAGGUGACGCCAUGUUCUCUAAGUUGGCAGCCGGCUCGAUGGCGGCGGGCACGCCCGCGUUUUCCCCAAGCGGGAGGGAUGUCUACCUGCUAGGGGGAAGCGAUGCCCCGGCGGCGCCGUAUCUGGGCUUCGCUGCUGCUACUGCCAUGAGGACCCCUCUGCCUCAACCCCUGAACGUGCCAGCUAUGGUGCCGUUCAUUGCUGCACCCAAAGAAGGGAAAGGCAAAGACCUGACUCCAGCCCAGUCCUUCCUUGUCGACUUGUUAGCUGGUGGUGUAUCUGGUGGAAUUUCGAAGACUGCCGUGGCGCCUAUCGAGCGUGUGAAGCUACUGCUGCAGACGCAGGACAGCAACAAGCAGCUUGCUGCCGAUAAGAAGUACACUGGGAUCAUUAACUGCUUCUCGAGGGUGGCGAACGAGCAAGGUGUUAUGUCGUUCUGGCGUGGUAAUCUUGCGAACAUCAUUAGGUACUUCCCCACUCAGGCGCUCAACUUCGCAUUCAAGGACACCUACAAGCAGAUUUUCUGCCCGUACGACCCCAAGAAGGAGUUCUGGAAGUUUUUCGCUGGAAAUUUGGCGUCAGGUGGAGCGGCCGGCGCCACUUCAUUGCUCUUUGUCUAUCCUCUUGACUUCGCUCGUACGCGCCUUGCGGCAGAUGUUGGAAAAGGCGCGGAGCGCCAAUUCACGGGCCUGGGGAAUUGCAUCUCCACCAUCUACAAGAGUGAUGGUUUCAAGGGACUGUACCAAGGAUUCGGUGUGUCGGUGCAGGGUAUCAUUGUGUACCGCGCGGCGUUUUUCGGAGGCUUCGACACGGCGAAGAGCGUUUUCCUGACGGAUCCAAAGAACGCGCCAGUGUGGCAGAAGUGGGCUAUCGCCCAGACUGUCACAGCUGGUGCCGGCAUGGUGUCUUAUCCGUUUGAUACUGUUCGCCGACGGCUUAUGAUGCAGUCAGGUUCGGGCGAGCAAAUGUACUCCGGUACGCUCGACUGCUGGAGAAAGAUCAUGAGCAACGAGGGGCCGAAGGCUUUCUUCAAGGGAGCGUGGUCGAAUGUCAUUCGUGGCGCGGGUGGGGCGCUCGUGCUUGUUCUUUAUGACGAGAUUCAGAAGUCGGUUAAGGGCUAGGAAGUGGAAACGCACCCUGGGAAGGGGGUGGAACACAGGGCGGAAGAGGGGCGUAGGAAGACCGGAGAACUCUGAGAGAGAGAGAGAGAGAGAGAGAGAGAGAGAGAGAGAGAGAGAGAGAGAGAGAGAGAGAGAGAGAUGGAAGGGGUUAGCCUCGUUGACGAAGAGCAUAACCCCGAAUUGACCAUUUCCCCCCCCCCCCCAUGUGCGGGGUGGUCUUCUCGUUUCUAGUUGAAUUGUACGCCUCAUUAUUCUUUGUGGAAGCUAGUUCUUCUCUUUCUGUUUUCUGUGUUUUUUUGGGAAGUCUCUGGGGAUUACAUUUAGUUUUCUUCGCGUACUGGCAGGAGUUCUGCCAUGAACAAGUCUUCCCAGAAGUUCUUGCCUUUGAGUGGUUUUCUCUGCUCCGCAUGGUCUCCUACGCACUUCAGGCUUCUCAUUACAGCGAGUAUGUACGUGAGCACGCUUUUCCGUGCAGAGAUGCGUGUGGCAAAUUCGGUCAUCUUCUCUCGUCAUCUCUUUCUUUGAACGCGUCAGUUUCCAUCUGCAUCUUAGGGAUGUAGCUCAAGAUGUCAGUCGUUCUUGCUGUGUAGAAUGGCAACGCUCGCUCCGUCGGGUCACAUGUUGAUGCUUGGAGAGAAUCUGUCCUGCGCACCUAGCGAGGGACUCUUCCAACAGGGGAGGUUUUCUGGUUGGGGUCCGCUGUGAAUUAAUUAACUCGUUAGAUUCACGGAGAAUUGCGGCGUGGCAAAGGCAGUGCUAUCUGUACUUUCUUCGUCGUGUUUCUUGUGGAACACUACCGCGCGAGUGUUUCCCUUCAUUCGCCUGAGAGUGUGGGGCAAAGACGGCAGAGGCCGAAGCAGCGAGUUGAGGAUAGUCCAUGAUGGGGAGAAGAGAGCCCUUGGGUAAAGGCUGGUCGUCGGCUCGUUUCAUGCCUCAAUAGAGACUCUUACGUGAUUGCACUCCUUCAGAUUGGUGGUCGUCAGGUAGGAAGGGGGGCAGGGUGGUGGGUUUUUCCCCCAUUGCCGCGAGGUUGUAUGUAUCUGCCGCGCCCUCCUGACUGAGUGCGUGAUUAGAACACAUGGUGACGUAUAGCUGGUGUAUGGUGACAAUGGGAGGCCCUUUCUACCGGUCGUCCCGGCCUUGUUUAUUGUGAAGGCUACUUCGCAUUUCCCAUUUUAUCAUCACGAUAGUGCAUCUGUUUGCCUCCGUUGGUGAACGUAGAUCCCCGUUGUCGUUGUAUUUGACGACAAAUGGUUGUACGGUAAUCGGAGGCAGAGAGACAGCAGCAGAUAGACAGUGGGCUUGGGUUUAUGGAUUGGUUCGCGGCCCAAAUUAUCUUGUCCGAGCUAGUGGCCCCGGGUAGUAAAUUUUUCAAAUCUUGAAUUGAUGUAAUGGAGUGUGAAGGCGACUUCGCAUGUCCCUUUUUAUCAUUACGAUAGUACAUCUGUUUGCCACCGUUGGUAGACUCAUUGAACCCUGUGGCUGCUAUGUGUGACGAUCUGGUUGGACGGUUAGAGGAGGGAGAGGAUCAAGGGGAUUGCUGCAUUGGUUCGCGCGGCAGAGAUGAACAACUUUGUCUUGGUAUCCAUAACGGUGAGGGUGUGAGCGCGUGAUUGUCACCUGUCCUCGCUGUCCAAAUUUGAUGACAUAAUGGAGCAGUAUGGCGGUGAUGGUCUGAGAAGCGUGUGAUUGUCAUUCGUAUGGUGUCCGAUCUCCCCCUGGUCUGAGCGUGAUUGUCACUUGCCGUUGUUCGGUGUCCCCCGGCUAAAUGAUUUUCAAAAGUUUCAAUUGGUGCGAUGGAGGCGUUUAGCUACGACCACGUAUUGCGACUUGAAAACCGAAUGGUGCGUCCCAUUUUUCACAAAUUUUCGAUUGAUGUGAUGAACCAGUUUAGCUGCGGCUACGUUGUGACUUCCAAACGUUGCGGUGUGUUCCUUUGUAUAUGACGACGAAAGCAGUGUGUUGCUUUUUAGUGAAGCGUCUGUUUUAAA